AUGUGGUGGCAUUGGGCCAUUGCUUAUCUGGCAUUCUCUCAUAGGUUAAAGAAGGCUGGAUCUUCUGGUGGCACACGUGGCGUAACAAGAAUGAUAAGCAAGAAAAUGGUUCCGGCACAAUUCAAUUUGUCUCGGCGGCUACCUGAGUGUAUCGUCCUCUUGCCAGAGAAGAGCCGCAUCGUCCCGAAACUCAGGCUCCAAUCCAACCUCCGCAGCAACCUCGUCUGCACCGUCAUCUUGCCCCUUUGCCUUCUUCAGCUGUUCGGCCACUCGCUCAAGUUUCAGUGCAUCGUUCUCCAGAUAGAUAGCAACAAUUUAAAUAAUUAA